AUGGCCGCCGCCGGCUGCUACUCCCCAGCGCGCAUCGUCAUCUCCUGCUCAGCCACCACCACCACCUCCUCGUCGCCGUCAGCCCGCCCGCUGCGCGUGGCCGUAGUGGGGGGUGGCCCCGCGGGCGCGUCGGCCGCCGAGGCGCUGGCCUCGGCGGGGACCCGGACGUUCCUCCUCGAGCGCAGCCCCGCGGGCGCCAAGCCCUGCGGUGGCGCCAUCCCGCUGUGCAUGCUCGACGAGUUCGCCAUCCCGCGGGACCUCGUGGACCGCCGCGUGACCCGGAUGCGCGUGGUCUCCCCCUCUAACCUCGCCGCCGACUUCUCCCGCGCGCUGCCCCCCGGGGCGCACAUCCCCAUGCUCCGCCGCGAGGUGCUCGACUCCUUCCUCCGCCGCCGCGCCGCCGAGGCCGGGGCCGAGCUCGUCCCGGGCCUCGUCACCUCGCUCUCGCUCCCCGCGGGGCCCGCCGACCCCUACCUCGUCCACUACAUCUCGUCCUCCUCAGACCCAAAGGGCGCGGGGCGGGGCGUGCUGGAGGUGGACGCCGUCGUCGGCGCGGACGGCGCCAACAGCCGCGUGGCGCGCGAGGUCGGGGCCGGGGACUACACGACGGCCAUCGCGUUCCAGGAGCGCAUCCGCCUCCCCGACGCCGCCAUGGCGUACUACGACGACCUCGCCGAGAUGUACGUGGGCGGGGACGUGUCCCCGGACUUCUACGGCUGGGUGUUCCCCAAGUGCGACCACGUCGCCGUCGGGACCGGCACCGUCGCCGCCAAGCCGGAGAUCAAGCGCCUCCAGUCCGGCAUCCGGGCGCGCGCGGGCCCCAAGAUCGCCGGCGGCCGCGUCGUCAAGGUGGAGGCGCACCCGAUCCCGGAGCACCCGCGCCCGCGCCGCGUCGUGGGGCGCGUGGCCCUGGUCGGCGACGCGGCGGGGUACGUCACGCGCUGCUCCGGCGAGGGCAUCUACUUCGCGGCCAAGUCGGGGCGGCUGUGCGGGCAGGCCAUGGCGGAGGAGUGGGCGCGCACGGGCGCCGUGACGGAGGCCGGGCUGAGGCGCGGCUACCUGCGGCGCUGGGACGACGAGUUCCUGCUCAUGUUCCGGUUCCUGGACCUGUUGCAGCGCAUGUUCUACGGCGGGAACGCCGGCCGUGAGGCGCUGGUGGAGAUGUGCGCCGACGAGUACGUGCAGCGGCGGACCUUCGAAAGCUACCUGUACAAGCGGAUGGUGCCCGGCGAGCCGUGGGGCGACCUCCGGCUGCUGUGGCGGACGGUGGCUAGUAUGGUGCGCUGCGGCAUCAUCGGCAGGGAGGUGGAGCGCCUGCGACGCCUGGAGCUGCAAGGCUAG